AAUCCAUCGAUCCACCUAUCAACAUGAAGAGCUUUUUCAUUCCCGUUCUGAUUGCCUUGUUGGGCUUUAGUUUACUGACUUUGGCGGACUUUGGCGCCAAUAGAGAGAACAAUGAGGAAAGCCAAGGUUUGUCAGGAUUGGAAAAUGGUGUGAUCGUCUCAGUCGAGGCGAAAAUAAGUGAAUCCAACGAAGUUGAGGAGGAUCAAGAGGAACAAGACGAGGGUGGCUCACAAAACAGAGCAAUUGAUCCUGCGUCGUGUGCAGUGAAAUGUCAACCUGUUUGCGUCUCAGCUCCCGCCGGUUCCAAUUGCACUUGCACCCAAUUCUUUUUGGGCUUCUUCCCAAUCUCGUCGAUUACUAUUCCUUGCUAAUAGUGUCUACCUUUGCAUGAUAUAGUAUCUCGUCUUUGUUCAUUGAAUAAAUAUAAA